AACAAUGAUACAUAUUAAGUGCAAGGACGUUAAUUUGGAACCAAUACCCGUUAAAAUUGGUAUCAUUGGUGGUAGUGGUCUUGAUGACCCAGAUAUUUUGGAAAACCGCAAGCAGACGGAAGUCAGCACACCUUUUGGUAGUCCCUCCGACGUAUUGAUCGAAGGUGAAAUUGGUGGAGUUAAGUGUGUGCUGUUGGCACGUCAUGGUCGCAAGCACAACAUUAUGCCAACGAAUGUGAAUUAUCGCGCCAACAUCUGGGCCAUGCGGCAAGUGGGCUGCACACAUUUGAUAGUAUCGACGGCUUGUGGGUCAUUGCGUGAAGACAUUCAUCCAGGGGACUUAGUUGUACCAAAUGAUUUCAUUGAUCGCACCACAAAACGUGCACAAACAUUCUAUGAUGGGGGUGCAGAUAGUCCGCGCGGCGUUUGUCAUUUGAGUAUGUUCCCAUCAUUCAGUGAACGCGUGCGUACGUUACUCGUUGCCAGCGCUAAAGAAUUGGAUUAUAAUGUACACGAAAAGGCUACUAUUGUUACAAUUGAAGGACCUCGUUUCUCGUCUCGCUCUGAAAGUAAUAUGUUCCGUCAAUGGGGUGGUGAUCUCAUAAAUAUGACCACCUGCCCAGAGGUUGUAUUGGCAAAGGAGGCUGGUCUUUUAUACGGUUCUGUGGCAAUUGCCACCGAUUACGACUGUUGGCGCAUGGGUUGUGAAGGUGUUAAUGUGCAAGAUGUAUUAAAGACCUUUGCCGAAAAUGUCUUGAAAGUUAAGAACAUACUAGUGAAAGCGGUGCAGAAUAUAGCCAAAGAAGAUUGGACAGAAGAUAUUUUGGAUGCAAAGGAAUGUGUUUGCAAAAACACGAUGAAUGGUGCAAUGUGACGAUUUUUACAACUGAGCAACCAAAUUACAUGCGAAAUCAUUCAACGUAGACGACCACUAAUUUCCGGCUCCAAAGCAAAUGACUCAAACAAUAAAAGAGCGAUGUUGCCUAAAUUGCAUUCUAUUUCCUUACUAUACGACUUAGCACCGGCACCCAAACGGCAUGCCGACGAAGAAGAAGCGAAGGAGGAAGGAGAAAAACAGAAAAAAUCCCAAUAGCAGCAUCAAACCUCCAAACAUGCAACCUCGUUUUAUUAAGUCAGAAUGUCUUUCACCAGAGUGCAUUUAUCAAUGAACUAGUUGCUAAUGUAACAUUCAACAUUUUUACAUAAUUGCCAAUUGUAUUCCUUUACUGAAGCUUACAAGAAUGUUUGUAUAUAUGCAUAUGUACAUACCUUCAUCCAUAUAUAUAAAAAUUAAGCCG